AUGGGGGUUCACGGAAUCGAAUGGAAUGAGCACUGUGAAAGGCUGUCCGAGUCCAUCAUGUCGACCCACACCAUCCAUGAUAACUCGCAAUUCCAGAAGCCCUCUAAAUUGCGAUGGACAUGGGAGUCGCCUGGUGGACAGUUCCACAAUGAAAUAGACCACAUCAUCUUCAAUCGGAGAUUUUGCCUGACUGACGUCGCUUUUGUUCCGAAGUUCUACACGGGAUCGGACCAUCGUCUUUUCCGCGCCAGAUUCAGAUUAUCAGUGCGUGGAGAUAGAGCCAUGAAGUUUAGGAAACGACGCCCCAAGACCUUCAUCAACUGGGAUCUGAAAGGAAGAAGAGCAGCAGUUAUGGACGAAGCCGCCGAAGCCGGAAAGAGCAUUCGCAAAGCCCAACGGAGCUUCGCCAAUUACAAGACCAAGAUGACAUCCCUUCGUCGUCCUGACAGAACAGUUACUGCAUCUCGAAGGGAGAUGGAGAAGGUCAUCUAUGACUUUUACUGGGAUCUCUACGACAACUACGUCUACUUGCCUACUCAUUAUCAUGGGCAGGACGAAUACAUCGCUCCAUCGAUUCUCCUUCCGAAAUUCGACUUGCCAUCACGUCGAGGAAGUACUGUGCCCGGUCCCGAUAGGAUGAAACCAGAAUAUCUGGAGAGUCUUCCACAUCUUACUGCACAUAGAGCCUUACUCUGUACGUUCACAAUCUUCUCCGCUGGAAAUAUUCCAUGGGAUGAAGUGGAAUAUGCUCCAAAUACAACACUCACUGCACCAAGUGAAGGUGGUUGUCUCAAGCAGUGUCUAGAAGAUUUUCCAGAAUGUGGUAUGGUUAUCACAGAUAAAGUUGACGAAUUGAUUUACUGCUUCUUGUGCUAUGUACGCGCCAUUCCGUUGCAUAAUGCCUCAACAAAUGUCAGACCCGUAUCGGAAGACGAAUACAAGUUUGCAUCCAACGCUACUACCAGUGGUGAUAGAAAGGCAUUUCAGGAGUCAACCAAGCAGAAACAGAAAUGGACGCCCAAGCACCUAACAGAAACUGAUAAGGAGCGUCGUAGAAAACGAGUCAUCGGCUGA